AUGUCCAUGUCAGAUACGUCCAGGCACCGGAGGAUAACGCGGAAUCCGCAUUUUCCGGCGGUCCAGCCGUCCAGCCGUCCGCCCCGCAUCCCAUCAGUCCGGCCAUUCAGUUCAGAUCCGCGAAAUCGUGUCAAACGCGAAGGCGACUACGACAGCUCGCAAGAAGAGGACUCGUCUCUCUGUCAAGAACAACAGGGCUACAUUACACACUGCAGCUUCUUGGGCGGAUGCAAGUCGGCACCCCCGCAUGCCGACCUUCGUCCACAGCGAUCUCACUCGCAUGCUGGGCCAUCUGCAUCUGAGGCCACGUCGAGCUCUCAGUCCUUGGCUCUCGCCCUUGACAAAGCCCUCUUGUGUGCUGACCCUGCGCUUCAGUCCUCCACCCCAUCGGUGAGCAGCAAGGGCAAGCAGUGCGCUGUCGAGCCCGACGACGAUCUCAGCCAUCCCUUUCCAGCUUCGACAGCACCACCAGCUCUCCAGUCCAUAUCCUCAUCAGUAAACUUGAAAAAAACUUGCCGCGGCUUGUGCAACCUUGAGCAACCUUGUGCAAGCGACGGCAAGGUAACAAUUGGUCCAAGACGCCAAGCCGGCAAGACAAGUCUAUUCUUGCUACAAGUCGGUCUUCGGCAGAGUGGAGAUUACACGGACAAGUGCCUACAAGUCAAAAAAGCUGCCCUCGUUUCAGUUGUUUAA